UGCGGCCUCCGGCACGUCGAUUCGGGAUCGAUAGUAGCACCAUGUCUCGGGCAGCAGAGGCCCCGCCAACCGGCCGGGCAGCGGUCCGAGGUGGCCCGGCUGCCGGCGCCGGGGCGCAGUAGCGGGAAAGGCGGGCGCGCGGCCAGGCACCUCCCGGGCCCCCCGCCCUCGAGACCCAACUCCGACCUGGGCCGGAACAAGUUGUGCUGGCGGCAGAGAGCCGGGCUGCAGGACCAGUAGCCCGCCAUGCCGGCGGUCAAGAAGGAGCUCCCAGGCCGCGAAGACCUGGCCCUGGCCCUCGCCACCUUCCACCCGACCCUGGCCGCCUUGCCAGUGGCGCCGCUGCCCGGCUACCUGGCGCCGCUGCCCGCCGUGGCCGCCCUGCCCCCUGCCGCCUCGCUCCCCGCUGCGACCGCCGGCUACGAGGCGCUGUUGGCUCCGCCGCUCCGCGCCCCGCGCGCCUACCUGAGCCUGCACGAGGCCGCCCCACACUUCCACCUGCCCCGGGACCCCCUGGCCCUCGAGCGCUUCUCGGGCACUGCGACCGCCGCUCCGGAUUUCCAGCCGCUGCUGGACAACGGCGAGCCGUGCAUCGAGGUGGAGUGCGGUGCCAACCGCGCGCUGCUCUACGUGCGCAAACUCUGCCAGGGCAGCAAGGGGCCGUCCAUCCGCCACCGCGGCGAGUGGCUCACACCCAACGAGUUCCAGUUCGUCAGCGGCCGCGAGACGGCCAAGGACUGGAAACGCAGCAUCCGCCACAAAGGGAAAAGUCUGAAGACGCUUAUGUCCAAGGGGAUUCUGCAGGUGCAUCCUCCGAUCUGCGACUGUCCGGGCUGUCGGAUAUCCUCCCCGGUGAACCGGGGGCGGUUGGCAGACAAGAGGACACUUGCCCUGCCCCCUGCGCGGGUUCUGAAGAAGGAACUGACCCCCAGCUUCUCAGCCAGUGAUGGAGACAGUGAUGGGAGUGGCCCGGCCUGUGGGCAGCAGCUGGGUUUGAAGCAGGAGAACGACGCUCCCGUUCGUAUCAUGAAGAGAAGAGUCCACACCCACUGGGACGUGAACAUCUCCUUCCGAGAGACGUCCUGCAGCCAGGACAGCGACCUCCCCACCCUCGUCUCCAGCCUGUGUCACGGCGGCCACCUCGUUAUGCCCGAGCAUCAGAGCCGCUGUGAGUUCCAGAGAGGCGGCGUGGACCUCGGCCUGGGGGCCGCAGGUGACUUGUUGGGCAAGAGGCUGGGUCGCUCCCCCCACAUCAGCAGUGACUACCCUUUGGAGAAGAAGGCGCGAAGCAAGUCUCCCCAAGAGACUCUGUUGCUGCCGGAACUAGGGCCCAGUAUGGCCCCCGAGGACCAGUACCGCCGGCUGGUGUGUGCACUCAGUGAGGCGGGCACCUUGGAGGACCCCCAGCGUCUCUACCACCUGGGCCUCCCCAGCCAUGAUUUCCUGAGAGUCCGGCAGGAGGUGGCAGCAGCAGCAGCAGCCGUGAGGAGCCCCGGUAGUCUGGAGGUCCACCUGCCCUCGUCCACGGCAGGUCAACGUCGGAAGCAGGGCCUGGCUCAGCUCCGAGAGGGCACCGCUCCAGCUGGCACCCCGUCCUUCUCAGACAGGGAGCUGUCACAGCCGCCUCCCUUGCUGUCGUCUCAGAACGCCCCGCAUAUCGCCCUGGGCCCCCACCUCAGGCCUCCCCUUUUGGGGGUGCCCUCGGCUCUGUGCCAGUCCCCAGGCUAUGGCUUCCUGCCCCCUGCCCAGGCGGAGAUGCUUGCCCGGCAGCAGGAGCUCCUGCGGAAGCAGAACCUGGCCAGGCUGGAGAUGUCCGCAGAGCUGCUGCGUCAGAAGGAGCUGGAGAGCGCGCACCGGCCUCAGCUGCUGGCGCCGGAAGCCCCACUGCGCCCACCGGAUGGCGUGGAGGAGCUGCACCGCCGUGGGGCCAUGCUGGUGCUGAGACACAGCUCCACGCCACUGCUGGCCCUGCCCCCGCAGGGUCACCCUGGGCCAGGCCCCCCCACUCCGCCCAGGGAGCCCACCCGCCGAGUCCCACGGAAGGGGGGGGGCCGUCUGGCCUCCACCCGGCCAAGCGAGCAUGAGGAGACCACAGGAGCAGAACAUGAGCCCCCCAAGGACUCGGACGGAGAGGACGUUGAGAUGCUGGCUGUUGGGGGUCAGGGCCCCACCCCGGGCCAGGCCACAGCUGGAGAGCCCAGCUCAGAGGGGAAAGGGCUUCUCCCAGGAUCUGUGCUGCCCCCUCCACUGCCCCUGGGCCUACCCUACGCCGUCAGCCCCUACUUCCACACAGGUGCCAUGGGGGGACUCUUCACUGAUGGGGAGGAGGCCACAGCCCCUGAGGAUGUCAGCAAAUGGACAGUGGACGAUGUCUGCAGCUUUGUGGGGGGCCUGUCUGGCUGUGGAGAAUAUGCACCGGUCUUCAGAGAACAGGGCAUAGACGGGGAGACCCUGCCUCUGCUGACUGAGGAGCACCUCCUGACCACCAUGGGGUUGAAGCUAGGACCGGCUCUCAAGAUCCGGGCCCAGGUGGCCAAGCGCCUGGGCCGGGUCUUCUACACGGCCAGUUUCCCUGUGGCUUUGCCGCUUCAGCCACCGACCCCGCGGGCCCCAGAGCCAGAGCUUCUCUCCGGGGAGCAGCCUCUGUCGCCGGCAAUGGCCCCCUCUCCCUAUGCUGGCCGAGCCUCUCCCAAGCAAGAGAACGGUACCAUGGCUCUGCUCCCGGGGCCGGCAGAUGCCCCCCAGCCUCUGUGCUGAGUGGGGGCGGGCUGCUCGGCCCCCCAGCCCUUCCAUGCUGGCCAUUCCAAUGCCAAGGACCCUCCCCCCACAGUUUAUUUUCCUUUCAGUUUUGGAUGCAAAAACAAUUUUAAAAAGGAAAACGUGACUUAAGAGGAAAGGAACGUGUUUCCAAAGACUCGGGGUGGCUAUGGAACCCGACGCAGACGGCUGGGGGGCUCUGCACACCAAAGACGAAAGGCCAUACGAGCCCAGGCUGUGCUCCUGGCUCAAGCUGGGGCUGCUGGGAGGUUUUCGGCGUCCUGACAUCAGGCAAGAGGUCAAAGACCUCUCGGGACCUGCCACUCUGGGGCAGUGGUGGGCGGCUCCACAUACAAGUUUCGACCCCAAGGCCACCACUUCAGGGAUCAGCACAGCGCUUGGUACUUUCUGGUCAUUUUGUUGUAAAAAUAAAGCCCCGCCACCAUC